CAAGUUCAAGUCAUACAACAAGUCAGCCACCAGCUUUAAUUCAACUCCUGUGGUAUUAAAAAUGGAAGAAAUUGCCAAAAUGUUUGGCGGAGACAUUAUGACUAUAACUAAUCCAAUGUAUCCUCUCAAGUUUGAGCGUUUUGGUCAAGCUGACAUCGCAAAAGACCCGGAGUUUCAGGCGCACAUUGAAACUUUAAAAACCAUCGGCAGCCCAGUGCCGUGCGAAAUGCCUGCCAUGGCCAACGCUUAUGGAAGCAAGAGAAUAUAUAAAGCCGAAGGAAAAGCGAGAAAGUGUUAUAUGGCCGAAAACCCCGUACAAGGAGCCAAGGAAGCUUUGGCUAUUUCACCGUAUUGUCCUGAAGCAUAUAAUGUUAUGGCAAUGUUUGGUGCUGACAGUUAUUCAGAGGCGCUUGAGUUUUACAACAAGGCCGUUGAAAUUGCACCGAUGAUCAGCCCAGAUUUCGCCACAGAUGUUGCAGAAGGGAGAUGUUGGAGUAAAAAUCAUCUGCGAAGUUACUUCAGAGCCGUGCAUGGUCAAGCCAAUACUUUACGUAAAAUGAGACGCUACAAAGAAGCUUUAGAGAAGUAUUUACUUCUCGAGAAACUUGAUCCAAACUUUCACAGCUGGUCGUCGUAUGCCAACUGGCGUUUUCAUGUUCUGGAAGUGUACAUGAAGCUUGGUGACGACAGAGGUGCUCUUGCCUUUGCCUCCAAGAAAUCAAAUCAGCAAGCAUUUGGCCUUGCAUCGUCUGCAAGUGCGUGGUUUUGGAGCGUUGCGUUGCUUGAUUUCAGAUACAAGCGUACAAGAGGCUUUGCAAAGGAGUUUUACGAAAACAAUCAUAAACUUGGUUCAGUUUUCCCUCCUCCAGGUGCAAUAAUGUGUGCAUCUCAAGCUUCCUAUUAUGUUCUUGCCUUUCUCACUGGUGAACGAAAGUUACCAAAUUGCAGGAUCCCAUUCGUUAUGAGAUCUGAGAGCUCGUUAAGCAACGCAGCUGUGUAUUGCACAUCCAACAUUGAGUUGUGGAAUGAAACGCCAGGAGCUAUUGAGUGGGCAGCUAAGAACUGUCAUACGCAUUACUGCAUUCUGUUAUUGAAAAAAGAGAAAGAGAUCCUGGAUUUCCUCAAGAUCAAGCAAACCCUGUCAACUUUUAUGUCGUUCGUGAAGAAGGGGAUCUUUCUUGACAGCUCAUUGCCAGGAUUCGAAGGUGGUCUGGUCACUGAAGCUGUGAAAGCCAAUAUGGUUGAUCAUCUUGAAGUUUUACUGAAAGCUGGAGCUAAAGCUGUUGUUCGCCAUGGAAGAUGUGUUCCUCAAGCACUACAUAUGGCUUGCUAUUAUGAUCAUGAUCCCAAAAUUAUCAGGCUCUUAUGCAACUAUGGUGCUGAUCCGUCUGCUAAAUAUGGCCUGCAUUACUGUGCUAUUGAAAUGGCUGCUGAACAAGGAGCAUUUCGUGCACUCCGGGCUGCCAUCAGCUGUUUACCAGACGAGCCCGCUAGAAAGAAGAAAGAUCUGAUGAACGAUGUCCUUUUCGUUUUGUUCAAUACUUCAUGCUAUGAAUGUAUUAUGGGUACUGGUCCCAAAUGUCAACGUUGCGUGCAUGACUCCACUAGUCACUCCAAAGAUGCUUCGUUCACUGCUUGUGUUGACGUUGUCCUGGAAGCGGGUUAUGUUCCAUCAAGGAAGUAUCUAAUCCGGUUACACCAUUGUGAUAACUUCAAGCAAGAGCUAUUUGACCAUAUUCUCAAGAAGGCUGUCAAGGUUUCACCGUCCCUCAAAGAACUGGCUGACAUAACUUCAGAAGAGUCUUGGCAAAACAUGUGCAGUGUUUGUGGUGAGGAAGAUGUCAAGACAAAGAGAUGUUCUGCAUGUAAAAACAUUCGCUAUUGUUCGCAGAAAUGUCAAAGAGCCGACUGGAAGAGCCACAAAAAAGUUUGUUAUUGAGUGGAUGGGAUUUUGUUGAAGAAAAACGCAGUCAGAAACUAAAAAGUGACAAAAGUUUGCUGUUAAACACAAGAUAAUGUUGUUGUUCAAUUGUUGAGAUUCCCACAGUGUUGGCACUAUAGCAGUUAUAUGGACAUUGAUAAACUAUUGAUGAAACGUUUGUUAUUUACCUUGUGCACAGUUGCUAAAUUGCUAAAGCGAAGUAAAAUGCCUUUGGGCUGUCGAGAAUGUUCGAUGUGGCAUCUAAUUAUACCCCGGCGUUGGGAGUAUAUGUACACUAUGCAGUAAGAUUUGUUUACUUUUUGUUGAGUUAGCCUUUUUGAAAAAGUUAUAUACACGAGUGUAUUGUAUGUUAAAAACGAAAUAAAGUUCAUUGGCACAUUCAAUACACACUGCAUUGAUAAACGUGAACUUUCUUCUGCAGCCUGGUUAAAUUCAAAAAUGCUCUUCAAACACAAAGUGGACUCGUGU